AUGGGUGCAGGUGGUGAACAGAUUGAGUAUAGAUCUUGCUCGAAUAAAAACUGGCUGUCCAUUCCUACGUACACUGUAAACUGCUCCAAAGUCCUUUCCUGCGUCCUUUACUACGUCCACUCCUACGUCCACUCCUACGUCCUUUACUACGUCCACUCCUACGUCCUAACUUACGUCCUUUACUACGUCCAAUCCUACGUCCAAUCCUACGUCCACUCCUACGUCCAGUCCUACGUCCACUCCUACGUCCACUCCUACGUCAACUCCUUUGUCCACUCCUACGUCCUCUCCUACGUCCACUCCUACGUCCACUCCUACGUCUUAACUUAUGUCCUUUCCUACGUCCACUCCUACGUCCACUCCUACGUCCACUCCUACGUCCACUCCUACGUCCACUCCUACGUCCACUCCUACGUCCACUCCUACGUCCUUUACUACGUCCACUCCUACGUCCUAACUUACGUCCUUUACUACGUCCACUCCUACGUCAACUCCUACGUCCAGUCCUACGUCCACUCCUACGUCCACUCCUACGUCCACUCCUUUGUCCACUCCUACGUCCUCUUCUACGUCCACUCCUACGUCCACUCCUACGUCUUAACUUACGUCCUUUCCUACGUCCACUCCUACGUCCACUCCUACGUCCACUCCUACGUCCUUUCCUACGUCCACUAUUAA